AUGUACAGCAGGAAGGUUGCCUGCGCCCACGAAUGUGGGGAAGAUGAUGCCGCGCGCUCUAAAACUAUGACUCUGUGCAGCUGGCGGACGACUUCUAGUGGUCCAAAGAUGUCUCAGCCUUGCCCACUCCUGAGCAAGUGCGAGCCAGACGGCUUGAAGGGCAGGAUGAGGAGCCACUUGCACCCUUUCGAACUCCCGCAGCCGACUAUGCCGACCACGACGUUUUAUCCCAGCCCAGCAGCAAGUGGCACCCUGCUGCCUCCAGAUGCCGCUGAAGGCACGACUGCAAGCAGAGCCCUCUCCAAGGGCGUGAGCGGGAGCAUUUGCGACUCUUGA